GGAAGUUAUAAACAUGCCUCUACAUGCAUGUACAUACAGUGAUCUCAAGAAACAGAUAACAAGAUGGCUUCCUUCAAACCCAGAAACAUUCUGCUCUUCGGCGCCACUGGAAACAUCGGCUCAUACAUUUUGGACGCCAUUCUUGCGGCGCGGGAUGAAUUCGACCGGAUUGCUAUUUUCACCUCACAAGCUACCGCAACAUCCAAGGAAGAUUUCUUGGAUGACUUGAAACGCACCAAGAAUGUUGAAGUCCUCGUAGGUGACUUGCAGGAUGAAGAGGUUGUGAGAAAAGCUUACGAUGGGAUCGAUACCGUCAUCUCUGCAUUGGGCCGGGGCGCAAUCGCUUCCCAGAUCCCUCUCAUCCGCCUUGCUGAUGCCUCUCCCACUGUGAAAUGGUUCCUUCCCUCGGAAUAUGGCACAGAUAUUAAGUAUUCUCCUGCUUCAGCGCAGGAAAAGCCACAUCAGCAAAAAUUAAAGGUGCGAGCGUUCUUGGAAAAUGAGAGUCCCAACGAAGGGGUGGUGUCCGAUUUAGCGUACACAUAUGUCGUCACAGGCCCAUAUUCCGACAUGUAUGUUCAUUUCGCAGGUAAUCCGAUUGCGGGUGGAUGGGACGUGAAGAGCAAAAAGGCGACGCUGCUAGGAGAGGACGGAAGCGCGAGAGUGAGUUUGACGACGAUGAAAGAUGUUGGAACUCUCGUGUUGGCGACGUUACGACACCCCGCCGUGGCUUUCAACCGCGCACUCAAGGUCAAUUCGUUCACGACCACACCUGCCGACAUCCAUGCCGAGUUUGUGCGCCAGACAGGUGGUCAACCGUGGAAUGAUGUCCAGUAUACAUCACUCUCCCACUUGCGCGAAGCAGAAUCGGAGGCUUGGAACGCAGGCAAGCCUGAAGCUACGGUACUGACCCUGAGGCGGAUCUGGACCGAAGGAGGCACUUUAUAUGACCAACGAGACAAUGCAUUAAUCGGUGAGCCGCCAAUGCAGACACUGGAGGAUGUGGUUGCCCAGGAAAUCAAACAAACGUCGUAACUUGUGUAAUUGAAUGGCGAUAGAAGCGAAACAGCCUUCCGGGCAAACUUGGAUGACUAUAGAUGGCUGAGGCCAAUGCAGGGUAUUGUCUCGUAUCGAACGGCUACAAUGCCUGUUUGUAUGUAGUCCGGUCUGAGAACAUAACGACAAAUAUCUGGCUUCAUCCUCGAAAAUAUAUAUUGGUUGUCCAGGCAUGUGAACCUUGUAAGGUCAAAUCUGUCCCGUGUAUGCACGCUGUAAGUAAAAGGAGGGAUACCCUGAGUACCCUGUAUAGACUCACACUCUCGCUGUUAUUACAAUCAUACAAAUGCAAGUAUCGAAGACGACCAUGGUCAAGCCAUUGUUCUCAGAAGAUCUUUGUUGAUCAUAUCACGUGAUUAUACUGCAAACGUUCUUUGCUGACGGUCACACCCUCAUGUAAGAUAGAUCAGAGAUGAGCUAGACAAGACUCUCAAGGUGCCCAAGACCUGGAGACAAGCUGUACUCAAG